CGAAACCCUAGCAAUAGCUUGGUGCAUACUUUUGUGUGAGCAGCGGCGGCGGAGGACAUCGAGAGGAAUCGGAGAUGGUGAAGUUUUUGAAGCCCAAUAAGGCCGUCGUUGUCCUCAAUGGACGCUUUGCCGGCAGGAAGGCGGUCAUCGUUAGGCAAUUUGACGACGGCACUCGUGACCGACCUUACGGCCACUGCCUCGUCGCCGGAAUCGCAAAGUACCCAAAGAAGGUGAUUCGCAAGGAUUCAGCAAAGAAGACAGCGAAGAAGUCUCGUGUGAAGGCAUUCAUCAAGCUCGUUAACUACAACCACAUCAUGCCGACGAGGUACACCCUCGACGUAGAUCUGAAGGACAUUGUAACGGUUGAUGCGCUUCAGUCACGUGACAAGAAGGUUACUGCUUGCAAGGAGACCAAAGCACGGCUUGAGGAGCGAUUCAAGACUGGAAAAAACCGUUGGUUUUUCUCGAAGCUCCGCUUCUAAGUAUAAGAUGAGUUGUCUCUGGUUUAAAUUUUGUUGUCUUCGUCAAUAUCAUGAUAGACUUUGAUUACUGGUAGUUCACAUUUAUUUUUCAAGUGUUUUAUUUUGAGUGAUAUUUCUGUUACAUUUGAUAGUUACUGAAUCUAUUAGGUAAACAUUUCUUAA